AUGGUGCUUUCGCAUCUUGAUGAACUAGUAUUUCCUCAUCCCUUCCGGUUUGUUUGUCAAGCGUUCACACUACGUUACCCGAACCCUUUCGCGCCCCAUGUGAUCACGGCCGAUACCCUUGAGCGUAGCUGGGAUGCUGAGUCAGGUAUCUUGCGCUCCAUACGCCUCGUCUUGAAACGAGGUACCCUUCCGUCUUGGGCUCCGAGAGGAAUCGUCGAGAAGUCGGAAACUUGGGUUCUGGAAGAGUCUACAAUCAAUAUAUUGGACGGGACGAUGACGUUAUCCAAUCGAAAUCUGGAUCAUCGCCGUGUGAUGGAGGUGGUUGAACAGAUCACCCUGCGAGCCCUAGGUGAGGUAACUGAAGCCACGUCAUCUGUGAAAGUUACAUCAUCAUGGGGAUUUUAUGCGAUCCGGAGGCGGAUCGAGCAGUAUGGAAUCAGUCGAUUUCAGCGACAGUCAAGAAAUUCGAGACAUGGUCUCGAAUUGAUAAUCAAAUUAUUACGACCGUCCUCGCCGCUUCGAGAGCCUCUUCUGAAUGCGGAAAAAAUAAACUACCCGCCUUCGCUAGCACCAGCCUCGCCUUUGAAAAGCCGUCUCCGAGAACUUCGACUCCGGGCUAAGGAGAAACAGAGACUGAUUAGCGAGAUGCUCCGACCAGGAAAAAAGGAAUCGACGGCAUCCGAACACGACUCCGAGGAAGAUGAAGAUCACGAGGAUGACUCACUAACAGCUGCAGAAGAAGCCGAAUUGAAACAAUUAGAGGAUGAAUUCAGCGCAGACCCGUCAUCCGUCAAGCCAGCUUCACACCUCUCCAAUCCACCACCACAGAAACGACGUUGGUUUUGGUGGUGGAGAUGGCACUUGAGCUCGGAUUCACCUCCGGAGGGUCACAGCCCUAACACAUGUUGCAAGCAGUCUGACUCGCCCCCUCGAGAAUAA